CUUCGAUUUCAUUGAAUAACAUGAGAAUAUCAAGAAUCUUCAUUAUAUUUAUUGUGGUUUUCAUUCAUGGUUAUCGAGCGGAGGACUGUGGAGAUGGUGGAUCCUGUGAUGUUGGCAAUACAUUCCUAUAUUCAACAUAUUGCUGUAAAGAUCCUUCUGAUAAACCGGCAUGUUGUAAACAAUUCCGUUGGUGGCCACUUGCUGUUACAAUAUGUGUUUCUAUCUUGGCACUCAUUAUAAUCUCCAUCUUAUCAUGUUGUUACGGUCUCUUUAGUUGUGUAAUUGAUAUUUUAUGCUGUUGUAGACGUUAGAAAACCAGUGGUCAACAUUUAUCGAGUUACUAUUUUCUCUAUCACUUCACUGAAUUACCUGAUUCUAUGUAUCUAUGCAUGCCUGCAUGUAUGUAUGUAUGUAUGUAUGUAUGUAUCUGUGUGUGUGUGUGUGUUUCCCAUAGAACCAU